AGUGCACAGACUGCAGUGUGUGGCCAGAGUAAGUGUGAGCUAAAUGAGAGUGGUGGUGUUAAGGAGGAUGCGAGUCCCGUUCCCACAUGGCUCUUUUCCAACGAGAGACGUUUUGAGAUCAGACACAGGAACCGGAGCUGAGCAACAGCAAGAACAGCAAAUCCGUCCAUCUUUCGGCAACAAACCCAGCCGAGAUCUUUCUACACACACCCCGUCUCCCACCACACAGAUUUAGACCUUUAUUCCUAUUUAUCCUUCUUUUAUUCUUGCAUAAGGGACUUGAAUUGAGCCUUUUGGGGCUGAGAGUGAUAACAGGUGAUCAGCCAAGAAAGGAUUUACUGCACGACCUUAUAUUGGCUGUUGGGAGGUGAUGACAGCCGACAAGCCCGUGCCCAUGGUGAACGGGAGGCACGCGGAAGACGCCGAGGCUCCGCACGCGAGCCCCGUGCACGAGCGCGGCCAGUGGGGCAGUAAGGUGGAGUUCGUGCUCUCGGUGGCCGGAGAGAUCAUCGGCCUCGGCAACGUAUGGAGGUUCCCAUAUCUCUGUUACAAGAACGGAGGAGGUGCUUUCUUUGUGCCUUAUGUCAUCUUCUUCGUGUGCUGCGGUAUUCCCGUGUUCUUCCUGGAGACAGCACUAGGCCAGUUUACCAGCGAAGGAGGAAUCACAUGCUGGAGGAAAGUCUGUCCACUUUUUGAGGGUAUUGGUUAUGCAACUCAGGUCAUCGAGGCGCAUCUGAACGUGUACUAUGUGGUUAUUUUGGCAUGGGCAAUCUUCUACCUGUUUAACUGCUUCACCACUGAGCUGCCCUGGGCCUCCUGCGGUCAUUACUGGAACACAGAAAACUGUGUGGAUUUCAACAAUGCCAGUGUGGCAAACCUCAGCAACCCCUAUGCCACCUCACCAGUUAUGGAGUUUUGGGAGCGUCGUGUCCUCAGUAUAUCCGGUGGAAUCGAGCAGGUUGGGAAGCUGCGCUGGGAACUCGCUCUGUGCCUAGCAGUGGCUUGGGUCAUAUGUUAUUUCUGCAUAUGGAAAGGUCCUAAAUCAACUGGAAAGGUGGUAUACGUCACUGCAACCUUCCCUUAUUUCAUGUUGGUGAUCCUGCUCAUUCGAGGGAUCACACUUCCUGGUGCAGCAGAUGGAAUCAAGUUCUACCUUUACCCUGACAUCUCUCGGCUCUCAGACCCCCAGGUGUGGGUGGAUGCUGGAACUCAGAUCUUCUUCUCGUAUGCCAUCUGUCUGGGAUGUCUGACUGCUCUCGGGAGCUAUAACAGUUAUAAUAACAACUGUUACAGGGACUGCGUCAUGCUAUGCUGCUUGAACAGUGGCACGAGUUUUGUGGCAGGGUUCGCCAUCUUCUCUGUGUUAGGCUUCAUGGCUUAUGAACAGAACGUGCCGAUUGAAGCCGUGGCUGAAUCAGGACCAGGUCUGGCUUUUAUAGCAUAUCCAAAAGCUGUGACUAUGAUGCCAUGGUCUCCUCUAUGGGCAUGCCUCUUCUUCAUGAUGCUCAUCUUCCUCGGCCUGGACAGUCAAUUUGUGUGUGUAGAGAGUCUUGUGACUGCCGUGGUGGACAUGUACCCCAAAACCUUCAGAGUGGGAUACCGUCGAGAGCUCCUGAUCUUAGGGAUGUCUGUGGCGUCUUAUAUUUUGGGUCUAACCAUGUUGACAGAGGGUGGCAUGUAUGUAUUCCAGUUGUUUGAUUCCUAUGCUGCCAGCGGGAUGUGUUUGCUUUUUGUGGCCAUCUUUGAGUCCAUCUGCAUUGGCUGGGUCUACGGCAGUGACAAGUUUUAUUCGAACAUUGAGGACAUGAUUGGUUACAAGCCCAUAUUUUUCAUCAAAUGGUGCUGGAAGAUCCUUACUCCUGGCAUCUGUUCAGGAAUUUUCCUCUUCUUCUUGAUCAAGUACAAGCCCCUGAAAUACAACAACGUGUACACGUAUCCAGACUGGGGUUACGGGAUUGGAUGGACGAUGGCAAUGUCCUCGAUGGUCUGCAUCCCUCUGGGCAUUAUAGUCCAGAUCUGGAAAACAGAAGGAACCUUCAUGGAGAGAAUCAAGAAGCUGACCACCCCGAGCUCUGAUCUGAGGAUGAGAGGCCACCUCAGUGCAAAGAGUCCCUACGCCAUCAACGAUGCUGAUGCUAAAAUGAGGGUGGACGGCAAAAUCUCCACCAUUACGGAGAAGGAAACACAUUUCUAAACCUGUACCUACCAAGACACGGUCACACCCACCAAGACUGGAACGGAAAAGAACUUAAAGCUUGCCUCGAUUUUUGGUGAAGAGAAAAUGAUUAUCACAUUCUUAGUCUUGCCCUUUUUGCACAAAUGAUUAACGCAUCCAUUAUGAGUUAACUUCACGAUAAAAAAAAUGUCAUAUUCAAAUUUAUCAAAAAUCUAGACUGUUAAAGGUGAUCUUGUACUUUGUGUAUUUUUGUGACACUAGUGAUUACCGUACCUAGAGUGAAGCCAAGGUACAAAUGUGCUGUAAAGUGUUUCUGCAUUUUGACUCUUGGCAAAGGCAUUAUUCUCUACAGAAUGUUCCUAAUGUGUAGAAGAACCAUUUUAUGACCAUUCCAAAUGUUACAGGUAUGUUUGUAGAGGAUUCUUUAUAUGAUGGAUAAAAAUGAUGGUACAUUUGGUUGGCAUUAGCCUCCUCGCAGAACGAGCAUGAAUUAACACGCUCAGUGUCCGUGGCAUUUUAUACGGCAUGGACUCAAUGCCACUUCCCAACGGUUAAACUGAGUUUAAUCCAAGGUGACAGACUGAACACAAUUCAUCAUUUUUGUGCUUUCUGAACUACUUUCAGAUAGCCAGCUUGACUCUCUAACACUGUAGUGGGCACUUCACAUUCUCUCAGUGUUAUCAAAGCAGUCUCUUGACAAGCCGGAGGCCCAAGGGCAGCUGUUCAGGUUUUUUUCUUUUGAUGAAGUAUGAGAUUAAGGUCAGGUUUGUUUUGCAAUACACAUUCACUAUAUGGAUACCAUUAUAGAUAAAUGGUGGUUUGUAAUUGUUGGUUCUGGGUUAUGUAAGAGUGGGCCUUAAGAUAGGAAAGGAUUAAAGGUAAGUAGGAUUUAACAAGGAUAUGCAGUUAAAGGGAUUAAUUGGGUCCUAAUGUUUUGGACUGGCUAACACACUUGCUGCUAUUAUCACUUUUACCACUUGAUUUGUAGAAUGAAAUGUGCCCUAGUUGCCAUUAGACUGACCUGUAUGUGCUGAAUAUAUUGCUAAUACUAUGAUGGUAAAUUUAGCUAGUGUAUUGACUGUGUUUGACAGAUUAAACCAAGUGUUGAUUAAGAAAGAGAACUGACCAGAGUGUUAUAUCAGGGCACCCAGCUAUACUUCGAUACUGUAGAUGUCCGGUUGUCUUGGAUCCACUGUGAACCCUGUGCACAUGCAUGUGAUCUUUGGUAUGGUCUAAUUCAUCAUGACACUGUCACCUCUGUUUGUGCAAGUAAAACUGUUUUACUGUUUUAAUAGCCUAACUUUUGAGAUUGAUGUAUAUUUUUACAUUUGGUUAGGGUAUUUUUGUGUGUACUAUUUCUUGAGAUGAACAAAAAAAAAAAAAGAAAAAAGAAAAUGUGUUUAUUGGAGAACUUUUGAUAUGCCAUUCAACAUGGUGAUUUAGAGAUAUAAUGCAAAUGUUAUAUGUGCUGUUUACACAGAUUUUGGUAUUCACAGGACAUAAGAAUGAUCUGCUUACUCAUUUUUAAAAAUAAAAGUUAAAAAGAAA